AUGCCUACUUCCAACAACUCCCUCGAAUUUGUUAUGGACAAGCACUGUGAAAUGGUCAGUCACAGCGGUUCUGCAGACCAAACCCAGUUUUCUGGAAUUGCUUUCGACCCCUUGUGCGAUUUCAACCAAAAGAUUGUUGACGAAAUGCAUGGAGAAGUUGUACUCCGAUCUGUGACAUAUAUCUUUGUCAACCAUGCUGAUAUGGAAUGGACCCGUACCUCGGCCGGAAACCCAGCAGUCACGAACCUCUUAAGUCUCAGAAGUUUUUUGCCAACUGAAGUCAACAAGGCCACUACCAAAACCAUUGUUGCACAGAAGCCGAAGAUGAAUCUGCUGGAGAAGUACAACCAAAACCAGGUGAACAAGCUCUUCUCCUUGGUUUUCUCAGAAAACCAGACUGCUGCUGCCGCUGCCAGGGAAACAGGGAUCAAUGUCCGGACUGCCCAGAACUAUGUCAGGCUGGCCAGAGAGAAGAUCCAGGCCGAUUUUGAUGCUGCCACAGUGGAGACUGAUGAGUCCAAUGGGCUGGAGACGAUGGCGAUUGAGGAGUUUUUCGAAAAUAAACCAGAUGCUACCUUGGAACAAGCAAGGAUAGCUGUCAUGGAAGAGUUCUCUGGGCUGCAGAUUACCAAAUCAGCAAUCCAGAAGCACUUGGUGAAGAAGUGUGCCCUGACAAUGAAGAAGUUAGAGAAGCUGCCCGAGAAGAGAGACAAUGUCAGCACAAUUGAGAUGAGACGAGACUGCAUUUUGGAGUGA